AAAAAAAAAAAAAAACUCAAUGUUUGGUGGAAACAAUGAAAAUCUCGGUCCAUUUACCCAGCGUUUGAUGCUUCCGCAGCACCCCCUCCACCUCCUUCCCGGCGCCGGUGGUUCUUCCGGCAGCGGUUUGGGCGGAGACGAUGAGUUUCCUAAGCGGGACGAGCGUGUUCCGCCGUGGAGUAAUCAGGAGACUAGGGAUUUCAUAGCUAUUCGAGGUGAGCAUGAGAUAGAAUUUUCUUCGGCGAAGCGGAGUAAUUUGAAGAAUCUAUGGGAGAUUGUAGCAGCUAGGAUUAAUGAGAGAGGAUACAGGAGAAGUGCUGAACAAUGUAAAAGCAAGUGGAAGACUUUGAUCAAUCGUUACAAGGGUAAGGAAACAUCUGAUCCAGAUAAUGGCGGACAAUUUCCAUAUUUUGAUGAGCUGCAUGCACUCUUUUCAUCAAAUAUGAAUAAUGUACAGCGAGUACAGCUCGAAUCAGAGGCUGGCUCCCAACAGGCAAGGAAGAGACCUCACGGAACAAGUAGAGACCGAUCUUCAGAGGAAAUCUCAGAAGAUGAAGGUUAUGCUUAUGAGAGUGAUGAAGUAAAAUUAGCCAGAAGCAAUGUUGCUCCCAAAAAGAAAACCGAAAAAGAAAAGCGUCCAAGAACAAGCAAUGCAGAAAAAGCUUCAAGACGAGCCAACUUUGGGAGUAUUAACAACACUGGUAGAGCUGUUGAUAAUAUUCAAGAAAUGCUUAAAGAAUUCUUUCAGCAUCAGCUGAGGAUUGAAAUGCAAUGGAGGGAGACAACAGAGAAGCGUGCUCGUGAAAGAGAAGUAUUCGAGCAGGAAUGGCGAUCGUCAAUGGAGAAGCUUGAAAGAGAUAGGAUGAUGAUCGAACAGUCUUGGAGGGAGAGGGAGGAGCAAAGGAGAACGAGAGAGGAGAACCGAGCUGAAAAGAGGGAUGCUCUGUUGACAACCCUUCUGAACAAACUCAUCGGUGAAAAUCAUCCUUGAGAUGAUUCGUCGUGUACUCUGUUUGUUGUUGAUUCAAAAAUAUUUUGGCAAAAUUAUUAGUUUGGCUUACAUAGAAAUAGAAAAUUUCCAAUUUGUAGAAAGUCACAGUUAGAUAGAUAUGCAGGCUUGAUGAUACAUAGUUCAUGUUCUCAUUGAGCUUUGGAGAAGAGUGAAUUUGUUUGUAAUUUAAUCAAAUUUAAUGGUGUAUUGUAAAGC